AUGACUGAAAAUCAGUCAAGUGUAGCAUUUGGCCCGGCUGUAAGAUCCGAGGAUCCAGCAUGGGCUUAUGGCCGUGCUGUGCCAGAUGCAAGAAAUAACACCCAGUGCCUAACAAAGGAUGUAGAUACAUUGUUUAAGUUGUUUGAUAAAGUUUUUCAAGAAGUUGGGCAUGAGUACGUUGUGCAGUUCAUUACAGAUAAUGAUUCUUCUUACAAGUCUACAAGAAAGAAGCUAAUGCAGAAAUAUGGGACAUUCUAUUGGUCUCCUUAUGCAGCCCAUUGCAUUGAGAUAAUGUUGGAAAAUUUUUCUGAUAGUAGAUAUUUUCCUAUCAUUGAUGAAACCAUUCAAAAGGCUAAAAAGAUUACCAAAUUCAUAUACAACCAUGGCAAGAUUUUAUCUUUGAUGAGAAGCGACUUCACUAAUGGUAGGGAUUUGAUUCGUCCAGCCAUCACAAGGUUUGCAACUGAGUUUUUAAGUCUUCAAUGCUUAACUAAGUUCAAGAAAGAACUUAGGGAAAUGUUUACUUGUGAUCAAUGGGUCGAAUCUCGACAUGCUAGAGAUGUCAUGGGAAAAGAGGUGGCUACAAUUGUUUUGGAAGAUAAAGAGUUUUGGUUACAAUGUCAACAAAUAGUGAAGAUUAGUGAGCCUUUGGUUAGAGUACUACAUCUUGUAAAUGGGGAUGAAAAACCAUCAAUGGGAUACUUGUAUGAGGCAAUGGAUAAAGCAAAGGAGAAUAUAAAAGCAAGGUUGAAGAAUAAAAUUUCUGCAUAUAUACCAUUUACUAGUGUCAUUGAUGCUAGAUGGGAUAAACAACUCCAUAGUCCAUUGCAUGCAGCAGGUGACUUUAGAAUGCCUAUGGGAAUCCACCAACGUGAAAAACUAAGUCCAGUUGCUUGGUGGGAGCAAUUUGGAAAUGACAUUCCAGAAUUACAAAAGUUUGCAAUUCGAGUGCUAAGUCAGUGUUGUAGUGCAACUGGUUGUGAAAGAGCUUGGAGCACAUUUGAGUUUGUCCAUUCCAAGAGGAGAAAUAGGCUUGAGCAUAAACGUUUGAUUGACUUGGUGUACGUUCGUUAUAAUCUAUUGUUACAAGAAAGGAAUAUUAGAAGGACAAAGGAUUUCUUGGAUCCUAUAAGCCUUGAUAAUAUUGAUUUAAUGGAGGAUUGGGUAGUUGAGGAAUCUGAAUUUCUGUUACUAACUGAGGAAGAUGUGAAUUGGGCUAGCAUUGAAAAACCAUUAGCGACAAUGACUUUGGAAGAUGAUAAUGAUGAUGAUGAUGAUGUUGUUGUUCUUGAUGAGGAAGAUGGUGAAAAUGAUGUUAUGUUGACAGAUGCUAAUACUUAUGAAUAUUAUGGUCCUGAUGUAGAUCCUUUUGAAGGAUGGGAGUAG